AUGGGCCAUCGCACGAAGGAUAUAUCACGGGAAAGGCCGCUUAGGCGCGCAAAAUUGCAAGGCCUGGAACAGGUUUCAGCGUUGUGCUUCGAUGAAGACUCGUCCCCGUGGGUGCUUGUGCAGAAAGCUGGGUGGGGUCUCGUCGCAGUAGCAAGUAAUGAACGGACUCGUAAACAACGGGAUUCACACCCGGUUCACCUGGGUUACUGGCUAUUAGUGGAAGCCUGGGUGAAAGCGCUCCAACCGCAGGAAAUUUGGAUCAAUUGCAGCCAGCCAUCUUCGACAGAUACUGUAAUUUCAUGGUUUACCAUGCGAGAUAUGAAUGACUGUACACCCCAGACACACAAUCCUAAGCAGGUUGAAAGCCUAUUCGGAGACGGCGGCGAAGCUGUACGUUCGUUCCUCAAUGUAGACAAGGAUGUCCCUGAUGGGGGUCCAUUCGAGUCGGACAAGUCGCUGGGACACAAUCAGUAG